GGCAUUCUGAUUUUAGUGUGUUUUUUAAACUAAUAAGAAUGCGUAUUAUUCUCGUCACAGUCAGUCUCGCUCUCUUGGUCAUCGUGAGUGCUGUUCCAGUCAGCAAUUUCAAGGAUGAGCUAAAGGACGCUGCUGAGCAGACUUUUAUGAGGAUGGGCCAGGAGGCUGUAAGGCGAACCUUUCCCAUGGCCAAAACGAUUCUAGACAACAAUUUGAUUGAACCACCGGAUAUGGAAAAGAUGCAGCAUUUUGUCGAUCAUUGGGAAAACCGAAAUGAAAGCUUGGCACAAAAUGCCAAGCAAGUUUUUACGUUUGAACGGGAUUUUGUCGAAAUUUUGUCUAAAUAUCGAGAAGAUAGUCCAGUAGCGAAGGUCUUUAUCCCAAAACUGAUGGAGGUGAACGAAUUUGCUGAAGAUCGAUUAGCUGAAUUUCAGAGUAGGGCUACUGGAAUGAUACGUGUGGCCAAAGAAGCUGGAUACACUGACGAUUUCCUCGAUGAAUUAUACGAUAAAUUUGCUAAGGAUAAUCAUAUUAACUCUAAAAUUAUGCAUUUCGUUAGUUUGCUAAAUUAUCUGAAUGUUAUCGAUCUGUAAUUGCUCAAGUAAGAAACAUUUAAUAAGGAAAAAUACAAUCAAAUAAAAUAUUAGAAUUUCACAGAUCUUUAAA